CAGGAAGAACUCGAGGCCUGCACCAAAGCUUCAGCCAGACUCAGGAAACUUGGGCUGCCGUGCUUGGGCCAGGAGCAGCUUUUCUUGCGCAAGGGGCGGAUUCGAACCUCGGCCCUUGACUUCUUCAACGACGAUCAGCGGUCGGCUCCGCUGGAUGGCGAGAUUCCGGAGCUACUGGGGCGAGAGGAUCCGGCAUUGCAGGUCUUCAAAGAUCCAAUGGAUGACUUUCAGGCACCUCCCGUGGGCCUGGAACAGAUCGAUGUUCCCCGGCCCGGGCCCAGAGAACGUCCUUUCGUGUUGGAGGAGGUGCAGCUGGAUCAGCCUGGCCGGCGAUCAGUGGAGAUUCCGAUCCAUUCCCCUGAGGAAGCAAAGGUCUUCGCCGCGAACUAUGCUGUGGCAUCGCACACACCCGUGGAUGUGGACCUGGACAAGAAUGAGAUCGUCCCGGAUGACCCCAGCCAGGCGCCAGUUGAUCAGCCAGAGGAGGAGGUUCAGUACUGGGUGAUGGAGGGAUCAGAUGGAUCGGGACCUGUGGUGGUUCAUCACGAACAUCAUGUCAGCCACGGCCAUCACGAUCACGGACAUGUCGCUGGUCACCACGGCAAGGAUGGGAUGUCCUAUUCGCAUGAGGAAACCAUCACGACAGGGAAUGGUGUCAACCACGGUCAAGGUCAUAUGACAGUGCGUCAUCACAUUGUCCAUCGGGUCCACGAACAUGAGCCGCAGCGCCAGCGUUUCGUGCCACCCCCACCUCCUCCGGACGAUGACAUGCGACUUCUGGACGAGCCACAGGUGGAGCCUCUGCAACCAAAGAUCGUGCUGGGCGGCUUGUUGGCAAUCUUCGCACAGGUCUAUCUUUGGGGCAAUGUCUUCGUGACUCUCUUCAAGCCCAACCGCAGUCCAAAUCCGGCUCCAGGUGCAGCCCCCCUUUCAAGCCCCACACGCGAAGAGGUUCCGGCAGCACAGCCGCCCCUGGUGUUGUUUGGAGCAGGUGGUGCAGUGGGAGAGGCCCGCAGCACCAAUGAGGAAACACAGACUGCGUGAACAAAGAAGAUAACGCGAGUGAGCGCAAAAAACGAUGCUGCUCUUUUAGGUUGUUUCACCAGGGCCCAAAUCCACUGUUUGCUCAUC